AUGGGCAGCCCUGCUAUCACCCAACAACGCAGAAUCUUCUACUGCUAUGCAAGCACCUCCCGAAAUGGGGAAAAGAAAGAAAACACCACCACGUUCGAGGCCAAGGACCCAGCGACAAACGAAACCAAGUAUAUAAUGCAAGGCAUCAAGCCCGACAAAUCCCAGAUCCCGAGCACAACUCUUCGCCGGGAGUCGUCUGCUCAGCACACCUGCAUCCAGACGUUCAUCUCACCCAUUACCCCGACCUCUAACCCACCGGUUAUCAUCAGGACUCUAACCCACCGGUUAUCAUCAGGCGCUGUGAUCACCGAAGUGCCAGUGACAGGGUACUGGCGUCCUCGCAAAUUCGAGUUCAAGGGGAGGAAGUAUGUCUGGUUGAAGGAGGGGACGCAAACCAGGCUUUAUGAGUACUCUUCGUCGAGGGCGGUGGAGAAGCGGAAAUCCAUAGUGACGGAGUUUGAGACUGUCAAGCCGGCUCUCGCGAGUGAGACGAUGCCGUUUUGGGCUGGGCAGUUCAUGAGUCGCUAUCUUGAGGUCAGGGUUGGAGAAGGGGUGGAGGAGGCGUUGCUGGAGGUGGCCAAACUGCCGAGGUUAUCCCGACGCGAUAACAACGCACGAGAUGCUUCGCUGCAGGUCAACAUUGACUACUCCCUCUUCCUCCUUUAA